UUAAACAACAACAAAAAAGAGAGAGGGAAGGGGGAAAAAAAAGAGACUGGUUUCCCCUGGCUGAGCUUGGAUGUUUUCCUUUCGCUUUGCAGCGUUCUCCCGGCUCAGGCUCCACUCGCCGCCCGCAGCGGCUGCGGGACGGGACGGCCGGAGCGGGGCUGCAGCCGCCGCAGCCAGGCGCGGGGAAGGGGCAGCUCAUGUCGCUGCCCAGCCCCACAUGGCCCCAGCGGGACGAGCCCCCCCCCUGCGGCACCGCCAUCGGCCCCCCCCCGGCCUCGUCCGACAGCGACUCCGGCUGUGCCCUGGAAGAGUACCCAGAGCCCCCCCCGGACCCCGAGGUCCCGCUGUGCUCCAGCUCCUGCUCGCUGCCCUCUGCCCCUGACAGGACCCAGCUCCGUGCCAGAGCCCUCCUGCAGCAGCUGCCUCCUCAGGACUGUGAUGAGCGGUACUGCCCCGGCCUGGCAGAGGAGGAGAGGCGGCUGCUACGAGCCUUCAGCGCCCGGCGGAGAUGGGAGGCCCUGGGACAGGGGCUGGCACGUCCUGUGCCAGGCCCUCACCAUGGCUGUCCCUGCAGGAAGUGCGGCAGGAGGCUGAACAAGGGGGACCCGGGGGUUUCAGCAUCUCGGCUGGGGGACCAGUUCUGGCACCCAUCCUGCUUCUCCUGCCACCUCUGCCACCAGCCACUGGUGGACCUCAUCUACUUCCAGCAGGACGGGAGGAUCUACUGCGGCCGGCACCACGCCGAGCUCUUCCGACCCCGCUGUGCCUCCUGUGACCAGCUGAUCUUCAUGGAGGAAUGCAUCGAGGCCGAGGGCCGGCGCUGGCACCUGCAGCACUUCUGCUGCCUGGAGUGCGACGCGCCGCUGUGCGGGCAGCGCUACGUGAUGAGGAGCGGCCGGCCCUGCUGCUGCGGCUGCUUCGAGAGCCUGUUCGCCGAGCCGUGCCAGGCCUGCGGGGACCCCAUCGGUGCUGACAGCGAGGAGGCCACGCACCAGGGGCUGCACUGGCACGCGCGAGCCGCCUGCUUCUGCUGCAGCCUGUGCCGCAAACCGCUGCGGGGGCAGCCCCUCACAGCCCUCCGCGGCCGCCUCUUCUGCUCAGAGUCCUGCAGCCUGGGCCAGGACUCAGCCUCCACCGCCUCGGACUCCUCCGACUCAGCCUUUGCCUCGGCUCCGUCCCCAGACUCCACACCCCAGUCCCGAGCUGGCCCCGCGGGCAGGACCGUGCCGGGGACGGGCGGCAGCUCGGCGGCCGGGGGCUGCAGGCAGCGGGAGGAUGCUGCAGCAGAGGCUGCUUUGGAUCAGGCUCCUCUGCAUCCCGCGUUCAGGAGCCUGGAGGACCGUGGAGCUGCCACAGAGCGGAGCAGGGAUGCUGUGCACACAGGGAUGCUGGGACCACCAGGCAGCCACCCCUCCACCUCCCAGCCCAGCACAGAGGGUCCCAACGAGCCUGAAGCCUUGAGCCAUCCCAUUUUGGGGGACCCUGACCCCCGAACAUCCCCAGGCAAUGGAAACCCCCCUUUCCCAGCUGGCACAUCCCCUGCCCCGCACAGCCCACGGCCGGAGCACAUGGAGCUGCAGGACAUGACGGAGGAGGAUGACUCCUGGUGUCCCACUUGCUCUUCAUCUUCGGACUCGGAGGAAGAGGGUUUCUUCUUUGGGAAGCCCAUCCCCAAGCCUGGGAUGAAUUCCCUGAGCAGGGAGCCCCCGGGGAGGGCCGGGGGCAGGACGGCGAAGGCGCGAGGCAGCAGCAGGCACUGCAGUGUGUCCUAGCAGCGAGGACUGGGGGGUCCUGCCAGCCCCUGCCCUGGUCUCAACACGUUCCAAGUGUGUUUUGGAUGCAACCUGAGACUGGUGGGGAGAGGCCACUGGGAUCCUUCCCCCCCUCCUCUUCCCCUGGCAGCUGCUGGCAAAGCACAGCUUGCAAUUCCUGCUGGCCUCUCCCGCAAUUAGGAACAGGUAAAGCAGGUCAGGAGCAGAGAGUGAGUCCACAGCCUGCACCAGGGCUCCCACCUCAGGGCAGGGCAGCCAGUGCUUGAGACAAGGGCAGCUGCCUGCAUCAUCCUGCUGUGGGGCUGCUGCUGGGGACCCACAGGGACAAGGUGGGAUCCUUCCCUGGGACACCUCCCUGAAGGACAAGUGCCACUGCUGGGAGUUGUCUGUCCCUGCUGGCACUGAGGAGGGGACCAGGGGGAGCAGCUCUGCUGCUGUU